UCCUCUCUCCCUCCCCCCGGUUCUUGCGCAGCGGUUCGGUGUGGAUCACGCACGCCGGCACGUCGCUCCAGGGCAGGUGUGCGCGGCUCGGAGGCGAAGGGUUUCGUUUCCUCUAAGCUGACUGUAUAAAGCACCUUGUAUCUCAGCCACUGAGUCCCUCUGCACCGAGAGAACAGCACCUCAGCGCUGAAACAGCCCUUACUAACAAUCAUCAUCAUAGCAAUCAAUCGUAAUCAUCACCCAUCUCUUCGCAGAGCGAUCUGCUGCACAUUUACGCACAAAAUCUCGUUCUCUGCGAAGUUGGCGGCGCGUUAUUAAUUGAUUAUCAGUAUUAGUGGUGUUCUUCACUAUGGCGGUGGACGGUUGCGGGCAGUGCUGUAAAGUUUUGCUGGUGAUUUUCAACAUCAUCUUCGCGGUGGUCGGCCUCGCGAUGCUGGGUUUGGGCUUGUGGUUGAGGUUCAGCUCGGAAACCCGCGGGUUUUUUGAUAUCGAUCUCAACACGCAGUCGUUCAUUAUCGGUGUGAUUGUGUUGAUUUCUACCGGUGCUCUGAUGUUACUGGUGGCUAUACUGGGACACUGUGGACUGUGCAACGAGUCCAGAUCGACACUGGGAACGUUCUUGGUGUUUGUGGGGGUUCUGUGUGGCGCUGAGAUUGCUGCUGGAGUCCUGGCCUUCGUCAACAAGGAUGCGCUGGUGCAAAACCUGUCCGAGUUCUACCAAACAAUCUACCUGCAGUACCUGAACAAGAGAGACCCGAGUCAGGCCGUCACCCUGCGCAUCUUCCACAACGCGCUGAAUUGCUGUGGGAUCGGUGGAGUGCUGGAACCCUUCGUUCAGGACACCUGCCCGAAGAAAGAGGGGAUCUGGGAUACACUGAACACUUCGUCUUGUCUCACCGCUAUCGCCAACCUGUUUAACUCCAAUGCUCCUGUUGUUUUGUGGUCCUUCAUUGGAAUCGCUGUGCUCUUGAUUGUCGCUCUGAUCUGCGCCUCCAUCCUCUCUGCUGCUCUGAAGAGAAGCUCACAGCCGCAGUAUCUCGUUGCCAAUUCAGGCUUUUGAACCCGCGCCAGAGCUUCGAAAAACAACAGCAAAACACCCCCACCUAGUGGCUGAGAGAAAUAACAGCAGCCAGAAAUAUCCGCGUGUCAGUCUUGUGCAAUUACUAACCUGCAACACUCUGCUGCCCUCUGGUGGAUGAGAGAAAUACAGCGGUAAAAAAAAAAUAAAAAUCUCACGUGGUACCUCUUACAUCCACUAGGCGCUGUAUCGCUACACUGCUGUUCAUCAAAAUUUGAACUCCCCAAAUGUUUUUCUUUUUUUUUUUCUUUUCAAAGACAUUGAGAAAUGCAGCUGAGUAUUUUUUUGUGUGUGUGUCAGUUUAGUUACAAAGCAAGUACAGGAUCAAAAAGGGGACCAAAAAACCCUGUUCUAAAAAAAAAAAAGUGACACGUGGUUUUCUAUUGUAAAUAUCUAGCCAUCGCUUAAAGGGGGGGUUGGGGAAUAAAAUCUGCUUAAUUUUGCACUGUUUGUGUAAGCUAUUAUAAACGUUGUUAUUAUAAACGUUCCUGUCGGGUCUGCA